UUUGUGGACUUCCAAAGCAAGUGCUUUGAUUCAUGUACAUGAAUUAUUUGAUGUCUUUUGAUAUAAUUCUUUGGUUUGUCAAAAUAAUUUUGCCACAGAAGCAUUAGGAGUAGUAAACGAGAGUCCCUCUGUUUCGUGUGUACACAGGUGCUUGAAGCAUGCCAUAGGCAUUGUUUAUGUCUGUUGUUGAGAUCUAUGAUAAUCUUCUCCUUAGUCUAUGAUGACUCGGUUUGGGAACUGCUCAAAGGGUGCAUUUGGUUCAGCAUUUUGAAAGCUCCUUGAGGAAAAUUUGGGGUGUUUGGCAACCAUUCCCAAGGGGCUUUGAGGUGAAAGCUGGCAUUGAAAGGCUGAAAGCUCAAGGCUAGUAAGGAGUAGCUUUGAGAUUUCAGUAUUUUCGGAAUGCUAAAGGCCUCAAUUAAUGAAAAUUAGUCAGUUGCCUAUUAUGCUCUCAAAACCUUAAUAAAAAUCCAAUUUUACCCCUUUUAAAAAGUAAAACCCCAGAUCUAGUUCGUUCUUCCGCUUCGCUCUUUGGCUCUUUCACCCUGCUCCUGCGCUUUGCUCUUGCGCUGAAAGUGUGCAUUUGAGAGCCGGAGGAACCAAGCAAAGCAAGAACACAUGCUUUGGACCAAAUCCAGUGUCUGUGCCCGCGGUCGAAGCCAGUCGCAGCUGAAUGUCUUCGUCGAGCAAUUUCAUCUUCGUGAGAUUCUCCAAGUCUUUCAGUGUCUUCAUUCAUUAGCGGGUGAACAGAUUGUUGAACAAGCUCAAAGUCAUAAAAGAACACCACAGAGUUCGGUGAGGCAAUCUCAAGGAAAGAAACAGAAGAAAAUGACCACAACUACAAAGCUAGCAACGCAAAUGGAAAGAAUUUGUUCAGCUAUUGAAAGUAUGAGCCAUGCGAGGAAGUUUGAUCCUUACAAGGAAAUCAUAGAGACGUUGAAAGCCAUAUCUGAGAUUAAGCAAGACAAAGAGUUAUACUUUUUUGCACUAGAUCAUUUUGCAGAAAAGAAAGACAAUAGGCAAAUCUUCAUAAACAUGGAUGGCGAUCAAGAAAAAGUCAAGUGGCUCAAAUAUAAGUUCGCACAACGUAGUCAUCACUAGGAUGGUAGCUACUUAUUUGAAUUAUUUCAUAUGCUACGUUAUUGUAAUGUGAGACCUAUUUGCACUACUUAUUUGUAUUAGUUGGUGAGACAUGUUUAUGUUAUACUGUGAGACCUGUUUCUAAUUGGUAUUCCCUUUAUCAAGUGGAGUUUUCAUAUAUAUGAUGGUUGAUAAGUGUUCUAUCGAUGGAUGUUCUAGAUAAUUUGUUACAUUCUUAUUCUAAUUCUAUUUUGUUACUUUAACCGGUUAUGGAUGAUUCUCCUGAAAGGGAAAACCAUGAAAAAGAUAAAGAGGAAUAUUGGCUACUCUAUGCAGCCGCACAUAC